AUGAAGAAUCUACGAGAGCUUGAUCUAAGUCAAAACAAACUUGUAGGUCGUCUUCCUUUGUGCUUUGGUAGUUUAACCAAACUCCAAGUUCUUGAUAUCUCUUCAAACCAAUUCAAUGGGACGCUUCCAUCCCUUAUCGGCAAUCUUGAUUCUCUUGAGUACUUAUCUCUUUUUGAUAAUGAGUUUGAGGGUUUAUUUUCUUUCGAUCUAAUUGCCAACCUCUCGAAGCUAAAGGUGUUCAAACUAUCAUCAAGAUCUAGUAUGCUGCAACUAGAAACUGAAAUCCUCUGGCAGCCGAGGUUUCAGUUGAGUUUCAUCAAAUUGCAAUAUUGCAAUUUGGAAACUGUUCCUAGCUUUCUUCACCAGAAAAAAAACUUGCGUCUAAUUAAUCUAUCCAACAACAAGUUGACCGGAGCAUUCCCUUCUUGGCUUUUGGAGCAAAACAAAAAUCUUGAGGUUUUGCUUUUCACUAACAACUCCUUCAACAUCUUUAGACUUUCGGGACUUGUUCAUAGUUUAAAAGUGUUGGAUGUAUCAGCCAAUGAUUUUGAUGGACAACUUCCUGAGAGUAUGGGAAAUAUGUUUCCAAAUCUAAUCCACUUGAAUCUCUCAAACAACGAGUUUCAAGGGAGUUUUCCAACCUCCUCCGGGGAGAUGAAAAUGCUGCAAUUCUUGGAUAUAUCUCGUAAUAACUUCUCUGGCACUCUACCGAGGGAAUUUCUCAUGGGUUGUUACUCGUUGCGCAUUUUUAAGCUUUCACACAACAGAUUUACUGGCCAGGUUUUUCCAGACCCAGCAAAUUUGACGUCAUUGAGAUAUUUGAUGGCGAAUAACAAUCAGUUCUCUGGGAUCUCAGCUGGAUUGAUUCAUUCAAAUGAUCUAACAGUGCUCGACGUGUCCAAUAAUUAUCUACAAGGUGUUGUUCCAAGUUGGUUGGGUGGAUUUUCUUUCACGUUUCUUUUGGUUUCAAAUAAUAUGUUGGAAGGUACAAUACCAAGUACUCUCUUCAACAUAACUGACAUUACACUUAUGGACUUGUCUAAAAACAAGUUUUCAGGGAGCUUGCCACAACAACUCAAUUUCAAUCCUUUGGUUAUGUUGUUUCUUAAUGACAAUGAGUUCAGCGGGCCGAUUCCUGAUACAUUUUUAGAAAAUAUCAUGGUACUCGAUCUGCGAAAUAACAAUUUGUCAGGGACGAUUCCACACUUUGUCGACAACAUAUUUAUAGAAUACCUUCUAUUGAGGGGUAACAGAUUAACAGGUCAUAUUCCUAAGGCUCUAUGUAGUCUAAGUAACAUCAUGAUUUUGGAUCUUGCCCACAACAAGUUGAAUGGGUCUAUACCUUCAUGUCUCAACAAUGUAUCAUUUGGAAGGGGUGUAGAGAGUCUUAAUGAGACGUAUGGUUAUACUUCAUCAAUUGGUAUUGGCUUGGGUGAUAUAUUGGGAUGGUAUUUUGGAUCAUCCUUGGUUUUACCACUUGAGUUUGAACUAGACUACAAUAGCGACUUGAAGUUCAUAAUUGAAUUUGCUUCAAAGAGUAGAUAUGAUUCUUACACCGAAACAAGCUUCGAGUUCAUGUUUGGGCUAGAUUUGUCAAAUAAUGAACUCAGUGGUAACAUACCAAAAGAGCUUGGAGAUCUUCAAAGAAUGCGUGCUUUGAAUCUGUCUCGCAAUUCUUUGUCAGGUCUAAUACCUGAAAGCUUCUCCAAUCUAACAGAUAUAGAGAGCAUUGAUCUUUCAUUCAACAUGUUGCGCGGACCGAUACCUCAAGAUCUAACCAAGUUGGACUAUUUAGUUGUAUUCAAUGUCUCAUACAACAACUUGUCAGGCUCGAUUCCAAGUCAAGGCAAAUUUUCUACAUUGGAUGAAACCAACUACAUUGGUAAUCCUCUACUCUGUGGAUCAUCUGUUAAUAGAAGUUGUGACAACAACAUUCACAAACCAGAUUAUCAAAGUGGCGGAGAUGAUGAAACUGUGAUAGAUAUGGAGACCUUUUACUGGAGCCUUGCAGCCACAUACGGUGUAACAUUGAUGGCAUUUAUUGUCUUUGUUUGCUUUGAUUUUCCUUGGCGUCGAGCAUGGUUUCACCUUGUUGAUGCUUUUAUCAUUUGUUUCAAAUGUGUUUGA